CAUCUCUAACGCUUUGCGGCAUUGGAGCAAAUUUUCGCAAAAUUUGCGAUACAAUUUGUACGUGUGAAUUUGUUAACAAAUUGAUUGUUUAAAUGGUGUAAAUAGCAUUAAACAUUUUGCUCCGUGCGUGCUUCAUAUAUGUGAUCAACUUUUGCACGACCUGCGAAAGUAUCAAACGUAGCAAGCACUAGAUUGAAAAACUGCUGCUCAAGUGCAGUAAAGUGUAACCGUCAAUGUUAAUCGCGCUCUUUGCGCUUGCACAUUUGCCAAUCUUUCGUAAGCCAUUGCAAUCAUCAUCAAGGUGUGGCAAAGGCAAAAGCAACACAACAAUAGCAGCAACAACAGCAGACAACGCUCACUUAACGGCAUUAACAAGUAACUGUAAUUUACAGACAACUGGAACAAGUAUUCUAAUUGGAACCCGCCUCAAUAUGAGCAACAGCAACGACCAGGAUAAAGGAGCACCAGAGGCAGUCGGCACUAUCGUAGCUGCCAAUGGCAAUCAAACAGAUGCGAAGAAAAUUGAAAUAAUCAAUUUUAAACCUUUUGAUAAGCAAUGCUGCUAUAGCAUCAAAACGAAUCAUACAAAAGUUUACGGCUGUGGUGGCGCUCAUACACGCGGAUCCUCCAAGGUGAAGCUCAAGAAUGUCGUUGACUACAAGUGGGAACAUAAAUACUAUUAUCCGGGUCAUUUGGUGGCCGUACAUCGUGAUGGAAAGCACCUGGCUUAUGCGAUCAAUGUUAACAACAAAGCCACCGGCAUGGAGGGCAUGGUGCGCGUGUGCAACACAAGUACCAGCCAGCGGGCACUCAUCAAAGGCAUGAAUGGCGAGGUCUUGGAUCUACAAUUUGCACAUACCGAAAGGGAGCGUAUCCUAGCGGUCAUUGAUAUGUGUUCGCUGUUUGUGUAUAAAAUCGAUCUAAUCGAUAGUAAUUUAAUAUGCAAACUUGUGUUGAAAGUGGAUGAUCCCAUUGUGAACUAUGUGCCCGAAUAUGAUAUGGUCUCGUGGUGUCCCUAUGUAACCAACAGUAACAACAGCAAUAAUAAUACUAGUGGAAACACUGCUAGUGGCCAUGAAGAGGAUGAUGAGAAUCAGCUACUGAUUUGGUCACGCAGCAAACAAUUUCAGUGCUUCAAUGUUAGAAUGAUUAUAUCAGAGUAUGGUCGCGGACAGAUUCAACCUUCGUCUCUGGAGACAGGCUAUUUAAAGAUAGAGGAAGAUACGUUAAUAACCUGUGCUGCUUUAUCGCCUGAUGGCACUACCGUUGCGGCUGCUUGUUUGGAUGGCUUGGUGCGGUUCUAUCAAAUUUAUUUGUAUGACGUGCGCAAUCAUCGUUGCCUGCACGAAUGGAAACCGCACGAUGGCAAGCCGGUGGCUUCACUGUUCUUUCUAGAUAAUAUAAACAAACCUGUGGAAGAUGCCUAUUGGCAGUAUGUAAUUACCACCAGCGAUCAUAACACAGAGAUCAAGUUGUGGAAUUGCUCUCUAUGGGAGUGCUUGCAAACGAUUAAUGUUAUGGCCUCGGUACCGCCGACUGUACAGCCAGGCAUGUUUAUAGCUGGUAUAGAUCGCAGUGCCAACUAUUUGGUUAUAUCCAGUCUGGAUGCUUUGGCUGUAUAUGUCAUGCAAAUCAGCAGCUGUGGCGGCAAUGAACAAGUCAGCGAUAGUGGAGAUUCCGAGAAUGGCUGUGAUGCUCAUGAUUCGAGCAGCAGUAAUGCGGGCAGCAACGAUUUAACAAUACGCAUACAAAAUAUAGCCGAGUUUAAAUUAAGCUCAGGUAUACUAUCGUUUUCCAUAGUGAAUGCGAGCAUGCGUCGCCUAAAGAGCACCAGUGAGAGUUAUUAUCCAUUUGAGGAGCCCGAUGAUUAUGAUGAUGAGAGUAACGCAACCACUGAUGCUUUGGUGGUUCAUAUGUUUGUGGUGCAGGCUAAGAGUUUGCAGGAAUGCCAGAUUAUCUAUCAGCCUUGCAAGCCGACAAGAAGUUUGAAUAGCAGCAAAAGCAGCGCAGCCAGCAAGAAGCGUUCGCUGACUCCGGAUAAGCUUCUCCAUGUGACUGAGAUUAAGCAAGAACCAUUGAGCACUUCUCCGAACUCGCAUAACAGCAGCAGCUGUAGCGGCUCGGGCGCUGUACCACGCGAUGCGCUCUUUUCCAAAUCGAAACGCAAUUCAGUUGGUUCGGUAGUGUCGGUUGCGAUUGCUGCAGCAGCUGCCCCCUCAGCCAUAUUACAGGAUGCUGCAACCACAAAUAAAUCACGUUCGGUUUCGCCACAGUAUGGCAACACCUAUUCGCAACUGAAUCUCAUGACUCCGGAUGCAUUUAGCGCUAGUGCAGCGAGCAUUGUGCUUGUGAAUCGUGAAGGAGCUGAUACGAACACAACAACCACAACUGAUCAAUCUGCCAUCAAUUCUCAGGUGCUGCAAACAUUGCGGAUGUUAGCCACAGUGACAGCCAAGGGGACGGAGACAGCCAACACUAAUCUUCUGAAUCUAAUCAACAAUACGCAUAUUGAGGAUCGCGAGCAACAAAAGUUGAAGGAGCAAACGGAUGCACGCAAAAAGUUCAUAGCCAUCGAUCGAAAUCCGGAGCGUAAUGCAGCCGAGAAUUUAGCAAGUGGUGGCUCAAGUCCAAGUCGUGAAGUUCAAGAGAUUAUGGCAACACAAGAGGAUACAGAUGAUUAUGAACCUGAACUCGAAAAUCUGGAAUCGGAUGAGGACAAUCCAUAUUUUAUGAUUUGCAAAACGGAAAAUAAAACGGACAAUGAAAUAACUAAUUCAGCAACGGUCGAGGAAACUGCUGCAGCAUCCAAUUGGCUCCCACAAGAUACAAAACUGCCUACAAAGAAGUCUGCUGAAUUGCAGAAUGCGGCCCAAAUUAUGUCGCAAGCGGUGCAGCACAAGAACAAUGGCAAUGUACCCCCAACCCUGGGCAACAGCAACAGCAACAACAACACGACAACAACAUUGAACAGCAGCAACAACAACAACAGCAGCAACUGCAGUCAUAAUCAAACAGCUGAGAAUUCCUCAGAAGUGAAUGCAAAGCUGGAACAACUCUUGGAACUAGUGAAAGCGCAAUCACUGCAGCUUAAUAAGCUCGAGCAUGAGGUCUGCAAGAUGCAACAGCAACAACAGCAACAGUUGCUGCAACAACCGAACAGCAGUGCUGCGGCUGCCAUGCAGCCAAAAAGCGUUAACGAGCUGGCAUACAAAAUCGAAAUGCAAUUGUCCAAACUAAUGGAGCAAUAUCUAAAACGUUACGAGAACGAACACAAAAAGAAACUAACCGAGUUUUUGCACGCGCGUGAGACUCAAAAUCGUGAGCUGCGUGAUUCGGUGCUGCAAGUGCUUAAUCAAUAUGUUAUGAAUCACUUUACGGACAUUAUUGGCAACGUUUUAAAUAUGGAGCUGCAACGGCAGCUACUGCCACGUGUCAAUGCGAAAAUGGAUCAAUUGCAGAAUCAAAUGCAGCUGGAAAUUGUGCAAAAAUUGAAUGUAUUUGACAAGACGGUAAAGGAAAAUAUAGCACAGGUGUGCAAGAGCAAGCAAUUCCUGGAUGCCUUUGGCAAAUCCGUACUCAUUGGCGUACAAACAAGUCUGCAGACGGCGUUCAUAGAAUCAAUGAGCAGCACUUUAAUCCCAGCCUACGAGAAGUCAUCGCAAAAUAUGUUCAAACAGUUGCACGAGGCAUUCAGCGUGGGCAUUAAAGAUUUCAUGGUGGAAUUUAAUGCGUAUCUGCAACACAUGCCGCAGCCACACAAUGGUGAAGAGUUGAGUAAUAAACUCGGCCUCUUAAAGCAACUGGUGGAGACAAAUUUACUAAAACAUCGUACUGAGCUAACCGAUGCGAUGCUGGAGACCCAGCGCGAAGUAAAAAGCUUAGAGAUCUUACUUGCUCGCCAGGUGCAAGAGACCAUACGCACAGAGCUGCGCAAGCAUAUGGAUAAUCAGAGUAUGGCAUUACGCUCGCAGGCAGCAACGCCCGCGCCCACAUACGAUUUGCGAGAGAGUAUAAAACAAUUGCUGCUCGCGAAUCAAAUCAAUAAAGCCUUCCAUCAGGCAUUGCUGGCCAAUGAUUUGAAUCUGGUGGAGUUCACACUGCGACAUACGGAUCGCAUGCAGGUCUUUGCGCCCGAAGGUUGUCGACUCGAGCAGAAGGUUUUACUAUCGCUUAUACAGCAAAUAUCUGCGGACAUGAGCAAUCACAAUGAGCUGAAGCAGAGCUACCUCAACGAAGCGUUGCUGGCCAUAAAUAUGUCGGAUCCCAUCACACGUGAACAUGCACCGAAGGUGCUAUCUGAACUGUAUCGCAAUUGUCAGCUAUUCAUCAAGAAUUGUCCCAAGAGUCCGCAAUGCAGCAAUGUUCGAUUGCUCAUUGCUAUGUGCAGUGCUACAUAUCGUGAUCAAUUUAAAUGAUAUAGCGAAAUGACUGCAAAUCCCAUUAGUUGGCACUGACAACAACUCAAGCCCCUCACACACUCACACACACACAUACACCCACACGUUUGUAGCUAAGCAGCGUUAGCAUCGUGUUUAGCUCUAGCUUCAAUUUAAACUCUAUAAAAAAACCUUUUCCUCAAUAUAUAUAUAUAUAUCCUUAUUGUCGUAAGCUGAAAGUUUUAGCCACAAUUUUUUCAUAUUUCGUUACUAUUUGUUUG